GCUCAGUGGAUCAGCGCCCCUGGGUUCAAUCCCCAGUACCAAAACAAAAAAACAAAAGCCCGCUGCCCUCCUGCCCUCCUUAGUUCUCUUGAACCCACCCUUCACUUCUGAGGAGUUGGGCACAGAUCUGAGUGUCAUCCUUAUGUGAAGGUGAACUAACUACUAAGGAGCAAGGAGCGCAGGGGGGACAGGAAAGCAAAAUGUGUACAGAUUGGCAGGUGAGGUCCCUGCCAGUUGUGGCCACCAGAGGGCCCUCCCGCCCCAGAGAUGGCCCCGCCUGCUCAGAUACCCGCUCUCCACAUUCUGUAGGCUCCUUGAGGGUAAAUUAAUUCAGAAAGUGGACAGCCUGGGGUGAGGUCAGUCAGACCAGGUAGGCCUCGUCCCUCAUGGGAAAAUCUCGGGACUGAGGCAGAGCCCAGGUUGGAAUUCCAACUCUGCUAUCUGCAACCUUGGGCAAGGCACUUCCCUCCUGGCCCAGUUCAGAGCUGAGAUGAAAUUGAGAUCACUUCAAUGCUAGGGGUGGAGAUUGGCACUUUCUCCUUUGUCACUCCCAGCCCAUGUCCACUUCAGAGCAACACACUCUGGCUGGUAGCCUCUUCUCUGGGGCAGUGGGUUAUCAGGGAAGUCACAUGUCCCAACCCUGCCAAUUCCAAAGCUCCAGGAACUCUGCUGUCCAAGGGGUAGUGCACUGGGUAGUGCGCAAGGAGGUGAAAGGGCAAGGUCACGUGAGCCAGAGCCCCAAAGGGUCUUACUUCAUUCAGGAUGGGCAUCCUGUUUCCUCAGGCUCUGCCGGGAUUCCAGGGGCUUAAUGGAAUGAGUCAUGGGUGGGAGUUAUUGGGGAGUUCCCAGCUAAUCAGCUUGGGACAGGACAGCCUGAAACGAGGGAUGGUGCCUAUCCAAGCUUUGGGUGGGCACAGGAGGCAAGACCCCAAUAUCUCAGGUCCCUGUCCCUGCAGGAGUUUGGGAAUAAGAAUAGGGACAACUAGCUUUUGCCUUCUCUUUUAGAAUUUUUUUUCACAUUUUUACAGUUUAUUGUGUGCCCCCCAUAGCAGAGUCAUAGUUGGUACAUUCUCCUCCAUGAUUUGACCUAAGACAGUAACACAGCUAGGGGCAUGAAAUAAGAAGAACAGCUUAAGUUUCUAAAUUAUGUCUCUUUUUUAAAAAUAUCUUUUAUUUUAUUUUCUAAUUUGUUCUAAUUUGUUAUACAUGACAGUAGAAUGCACUUUGACACAUUGUACACAAAUGGAGCACAAUCUUUUAGAAUUUUUACCUAAGAUAAAGCGAGGGGCAAAAGGAGCUGCCCAGCACAUCUGCCAGAGGGAGGGAGGCAGCGUCAGGUCAGCAGCCUGAACAGACUCUUGCCUCCAGGGCUCUGACCAGCCGCAUAGCCUCCUGACAAGUUCUGUUCAAAUACCCUGGGGGCAGUUUAGGCCUGGGUGGGGCUGGAAGGGGGAAGAGAGUUUGAGGGGGACUAGACGUCAAAGAAGGAUCAGAGAUUCCACAAUUUCACAAAACUUUCGCAAACAGCUUUUUGUCCACCCCCCCUGCAUUGUCCUGGACGCCAAAUUUGCAUAAAUCCUGGAAGUUAUUACUAAGCAUUAUUAGUGGCAGCCCCAGGUAAUUUCCUCCCAGGCCUCCAUGGGGUUAUGUAUAAAGGCCCUCUGGAGUUGGCCCCUGACAGAGCCCAGAGCCUGCAGCCCAGACCCCACAAGACCAUGGCUGGCCCUGCUGCCCGGAGCCCCACGAAGCUGAUGGCCCUACAGCUGCUGCUGUGGCACAGUGCAUUCUGGACGGGGCAAGAGGCUGUGCCCCUGGACCCUGCCAGCUCCCUGCCUGUCCCCCAGAGCUUCGUGCUCAAGUGCUUAGAGCAAGUGAGGAAGAUCCAGGCCCAAGGCUCUGUGCUACAGGAGAAGCUGUGUGCCACCUACCAGCUGUGCCAUCCUGAGGAGCUGGCGCUGCUCGGCCACUCUCUGGGCAUUCCUCAGGCUCCCCUAAGCAACUGCUCCAGCCAGGGCCUGCAGCUGACAGGUUGCCUGAGCCAACUGCAGAGCGGCCUCUUCCUCUACCAGGGCCUCCUGCAGGCCCUGGCAGGGAUAUCCCCCGAGUUGUCUCCCACUGUGGACAUGCUACAGCUGGAUGUUGCCAACUUUGCCACCACUGUCUGGCAGCAGAUGGAAGACCUAGGGGUGGCCCCUGCUGUGCAUCCCACCCAGGGCACCAUGCCAACCUUCACCUCUGCCUUCCAGCGCCGGGCAGUAGGUGUCCUGGUUGCUUCCCGACUGCAGAGGCUCCUGGAGCUGGUGUACCGGGUUCUGCGCCACCUUGCUGAGCCCUGAGCAAAGCCCUCCCCACCCAGUGUAUUUAUCUCUAUUUAAUAUUUAUGCUUAUUUAAGCCUAAUAUUUAAAGUCAGGGAAGAGAGAACAGAGCCCCAGACCUCUGUGUCCUUCCCUCCAUCUCCGAGUUUCAUUCUCCUGCCUGUAGCAGUGAGAAAAAGCUCCUGUCCUCCUGUCCACUGGGUGGGAGGUAGAUAGGUAAAUACCAAGUAUUUCUUCCUGGAGCUGCUCCCUGGCCCUAGCUCUGUGGGGCACUAAGAAGAGCCACAGUGAACUCUGAGGUAUCUACCUUGGGGCCCCAGGAAGCAUGAGAAGGUCUCCCAUGUGGGAGACAAACCAACCCUGUUUAAUAUUUAAACAGCAGUGUUCCCCAACUGGAUCCUUGUAUCCCUCGUUCUGGUCAGCCAAGUCCUGUGUCCCCUCACAUCCCCAUCCCCAUAGGCAUUAUUAAGUCUCUGGAGAAACACAGGCAGCCGGGACUAGGAGUCUUGGACCUGGAAUUUGUUGAAGAAUCUAGUUUCUUUCUGUUUUGGGGGGCAUGUUUGACUCCCAGUACAAGGAGCUCAGACAUCAGUGUCCUUGGGUUUCUUGCCCCUGUCCCCACCAAAGUCAGAUUCUCCUUUUAGGACUGGGAUUAGGAAGGGAGAAGACAAGGGGCAAUCACGAAGGGAGUGUGAUGUGAAAGGAAGCCCAAGCUCAGCCUCUACCCUGUCCCCACUCUUCAUUGUAACCGUGCUGAGGAUAAUAAAGUGUUUGUCUCUAGUAAA